UGUUACACAACCAAGCAAGUACAGGAAAUUCAAGCCGAUUACAGAAGUACAGUACAUGGUAAAAGCCUUUACAAAAAUUGUUUUGCUCUAUUGAUUCUUCUACCAGCCAGGUUUCUACAGGAAUAUAACAAUUUUAAGACCAUAAUGAAUUUCCAAAAGAAAGGUCAGCCAUAUGGAUGCGUUUGGAGAAGGGGUAACAUAUUUUCAUUUUUGCUGCUUUGCAGUGGGACAUUGAUGUUUUCUGUUAAUUGUUGGACCUAUCACUACUCAGAAGAGACCAUGCAAUAUGAACAAGCUCGAAGGUACUGUCAGAGUAAAUACACCGACUUAGUGGCAAUUCAAAAUAAAAAAGAGAUUGAAUAUCUUGAAACAAACAUUCCACAAAGCCCAACUUACUACUGGAUAGGGAUAAGGAAAAUUAACAACACAUGGACUUGGGUGGGAACCAACAAGACACUUACAGAAGAAUCUAAAAACUGGGGUACUGGAGAACCAAAUAAUAGACGGCAUAAAGAAGAUUGUGUUGAGAUAUACAUUAAACGUAGUAAAGAUUCGGGAAAGUGGAAUGAUGAUGCAUGCUACAAUAAGAAGAGAGCACUAUGUUAUACAGCUUCGUGUGACCAGCUAUCGUGCAGUGGUCAUGGAGAAUGCAUUGAAACAAUCAACAAUUACACCUGUGAUUGUGUUCCAGGUUUUUAUGGACCCCAGUGUCAAUAUGUUGUACAAUGCCUACAUUUAUCAGCUCAGUCUCAGGGUUACAUGAAUUGUUCUCAUCCAUGGGGAAACUUCAGCUAUGUUUUCAUGGAUUUUUUCUUAACGGUACAGACAACAACCAAUGUCUCCCUUCUGGAAUUUGGAGUAGUGCAGAACCAAAUUGCACAGCUGUUACGUGCGAUGCACUCAGUCCUCAUCAGCAUGGAUCAUUUAUAUGCAAUCAUCCGUGGGCUGUUAAUAGCUUUGGCUCCACUUGUGAAUUCACUUGCUCAGAAGGAUGGAAAAUAAAGGGAUCUAUUAAAACAACAUGUGGCUCUAUAGGCCAAUGGACAGAAGACCUGCCCGAAUGUGAAGUUGUUACUUGUGGGACUCUCAAUUUUCCUCAAAUCGGAUCAUUUACAUGCAUUCAUCCAUGGGCUGAGAAUAGUUUUGGUUCCAUGUGUAAAUUCACUUGCUCAGAAGGGUGGACAUUAAGGGGAUCUAAUGUAACAACCUGUGGAUCUACAGGCCAAUGGACAGAGGACAUUCCCAAAUGUGAAGCACAACAGAGAUUUCAGUAUCAUCAGAAGGACCAUGCUAAAGCAGUAUUAAUAAUUGGCCUGGCCACUGCUACUAGUGCAUUACUCCUAGCAAUAUUUUUUUGGCUAGCUAACCGACGGCUGAAGAAAG